GGGGGGUGGGGGUACAACUCUCUCCGAUCUCUAACUGUAGGUUCUGCCUUGCCGAGGGGCUUCAGCACUGCGCUUCUGUGAAGUGCCAUCCCACCCAAGGGUGCGUAGCAGUGUGUAUGAGUGAGUGUGUGUGUAUGUGAGCCAGAGCCUCACGAGCCAUGUCGGAUCCCAGGGAUAUUGACGAGGAUGCCAUCCUCAAGGGCCUCAGCGCCGAGGAGCUGGAUCAGCUGGAGUAUGAGCUGCAGGAGAUGGACCCCGAGAAUGCCAUGCUGCCAGCUGGUCUGCGGCAGCGUGACCAGACGAAGAAGAGCCCGACGGGGCCAUAUGACCGUGACGCUCUGACCCAGUACCUGGAGAAGGAGGCCCUGGAGCACCCGGACAGGGAAGACCUGGUGCCCUUCACUGGGGAGAAGAAAGGAAAAACCUUUGUGCCCAAGGCAGCGGCGGAGAUCCCUGAGCAUGAGCAGGUGACACUGGAGCCGGAGCUCGAGGAGGCUCUGAAAAACGCCACAGACGCAGAGAUGUGUGAUAUCGCAGCUAUCCUUGGAAUGUACACCCUGAUGAGCAACAAGCAGUACUACGACGCUUUGGGCACCCAAGGAACCAUCGCCAACACAGAGGGCAUCAACAGUGUCGUGAAGGCGGAUCCGUUCAAAGUCUUCCCCGAUGAGCCGCCCAACACCACCAAUGUGGAGGAAACCUUGGAGAGAAUCCACAGUAACGACAGCAGCUUGACUGAAGUCAACCUCAACAACAUCAAGGACAUUCCCAUCCCAACGCUGAAAGAGAUCUUUGAGGCGAUGAAGGGAAACUCUCUCGUGGAGUCUCUUAGCAUCGCCGCAACCCGUAGCAACGACCCUGUGGCCUACGCAUGUGCUGAGAUGCUGCAGGAGAACACCAGCUUGCAGAGUCUUAAUAUCGAAUCCAACUUCAUCACUUCAGACGGCAUGAUGGCGAUCAUCAAGGCCAUGGCCAACAAUGCCACACUGGUGGAGCUCAAGAUCGACAACCAGAGGCAGAAGUUGGGAGACUCAGUUGAGAUGGAGAUCGCCUCCAUGUUGGAGAACAACUCCAGCAUCCUCAAGUUCGGCUAUCACUUCACCCAGCAGGGUCCCCGCGCCAGAGCCGCCAUGGCCAUCACACGAAACAACGACAUGAUUCGCCAGCAGAGAUUAAGAUGAAAGCAACAAAGAGCGAACAGAAGAACAACCCCUUCAAGCGCCUGGAGCCUGCAAACAGACCGCCGUCGACAACCUUCUGCUAGCUUGUCAGUGUGGAGCACAAGAGCUGAAUGAACUGCCAAACAUCCAUUUCAUUUCAUUUCAUUUCAUUUCAUUUCAUUUACCGCAGCCAGCUUUGUGUAGACUGCUGAAUUCAUCAUAAAGGAAUGUAUAGGUCACAAGCAAAAUGUGAAGUGUCUUUUUUUGUGCUUUUUAGUUUUGUGCGUCGCCUAAAAAAUCAUCCAAAACAAAAGGUUAACCCUUUUCAUUCACGAAAACAUUUUCAAUAUGGUGCUAUCUGUGGGAAGAAAACUGUAAAUACUUUAAAUAAAAUAUAUAUUCAAAUAUUUUUUGUAAAUGUUUGGCAAGUUUAAUUUCAUUGUUUCUACACCUUAUUUUGACAUGAGUAUUUUAUAUUGGAUAUAUGAGUAUUACUCUUAACCGAAGCAGCACAUACUUUGGUGCAUUUCAGUGUCUGCUGCUACAACUAGACAUAAUUGUUUAGCAGAAGCUCACAACAGGUGAUCUUCUAAUUCUUCACCAUAAUUAAUCUGUAUUAGAUCCAGAUGAUGUGUCUAGUGAAUAAUAAACAUUAAAUGAUGAUAUUCCCCAAGACUGAUGUAUACUGCAGCAUUUUAAGGAUGAACUCUUCAUGUUAAGAAAUGCAGCGCUUUAAUCCCUUAAUGUCUCUCCUGAUCCUCUGACUUCCCCCAAGCACCUGAGCUAUUUUUACCACCCCAACCCCGAUGUGAAACAUAACCUAGUCCACUGGUCUUGAGUUACCUUGUUCCAAAUAUAAGAACCAACUUUAAGAGGGUCGGACGAAUGGUAGAGGAGGGGGGGCACCCGUGUGCGCCCGUAGAGAUUUAUGAACAGAAACAGCUGCUAACCUCUGAGGAUUUUGACAGCAUUGCUUAGGUUCCUGCCUUCCCUCCGUCCCUUAUUUUUUAAAACUUAUUUCUUCAUUUCUUUAAAACACUCUGACUUAAUGUCAAGUCUGACAUGACCAAGUAAUAAACAAAAGGUCAUGUUCAAAGCCAAGCAGGCUUCACGGACAUUUGGUACCUUAUAAUGAUUUAAAGUCAGCGUCACAGUCUAUUCUGGGGGUUUUCCUUUUUGAUCAUUGUUUGGCAGUAAAACACAAGUGUAUUUUUGGAUUGUAAUGCUGGGUGCCAUGCAUGCUGUGACAGAUGUGUUUACCAUAUUGUGUUCCUUUAUUUUCCUUUAUUUGUCAUAUUUGCAUCAGAGGACUAUGUAAGUUGUAAUGCUGUAAGAGCAAAUAUGAUAUUAAAAGGUAAAAAAAAAAAAAGAUUA